AUGCAUCUAGGCAACAGCUUGAGUUUGCUCUGCCUCGCAGCACCCGGCCUCGUCGCCUCUAUUUCUUCCUCUCCUCUAUCCACUUCGGGCCGAUGGAUCGUCGACACCGACGGAAACAAUGUCACCUACGCAGGGGUCAACUGGCCCGGUGCUGAGGUGGCCAUGUUGCCAGAAGGUCUGCAGUAUCAAUCCAUCGAGUACAUCGUCGGCAAGAUCAAGGAUUUGGGUAUGAACGUCAUCCGGCUUACCUUUGCCAUUGAGAUGAUCGAUGACAUCUACGAGACCGGGGCGGACGUACCGAUUAAGACGUCAUUGAUUAACGCUCUGGGUGAGACAAAUGGAACCAAGAUCUACGACGAUAUUGUCAGUAAUAACCCGCAAUUCGGGGAGAAUACUACACGACUAGAGGUCUACGAUGCAGUAGCCAAUGAAUGCUACAGUCAGGGCAUUUACGUACAUCUGGACAACCACGUCUCCAAAGCAAGUUGGUGUUGCUCGACCACCGACGGAAAUGCCUGGUUCGGAGACACCUACUUCAACGUGAGCAAUUGGCAUAGGGGAUGGAAAUAUAUGGCUGAGCACGUCAAAUCCCUGCCAGCCGUAAAAAGCAUCGGUAUGCGCAAUGAACUCCGCAGCCCAGACGACAACACCACACUCGCAGACGACACCUACAAUUGGGAGACAUGGUACAGCAACAUGGUCGAGAACGCGAACCAAGUGCACUCCGUCAAUUCAGACCUACUUCUAUUCUUCUCAGGUCUCAACUAUGAUGUCACACUCUCACCGAUCCCGACAGCCUCAGAUUUAGGCGACGGCACGGUCUUCAAGAAGAGCGAUUUUGAUUUCGCCGAUAAGAUUGUACUAGAGCUUCACAACUAUGACUCCUCUGCUACCAGCUGUAGUAGUCUGUCAUCUAGCUUGCUGAGCGACGGCUUCGAUGCCCUAGAGACGAAUGAUUCGAGCAUUGUAAAUGUGCUUCCGGUCGUAAUGACCGAGUUCGGAUACGCGCAGGAUGAUACCACCUAUACAGAAGUUUAUGCCUCGUGCUUGAGGGAAUGGUUGCCUAGUGUGCAUGCUGGAUGGAUGAUUUGGGUGCUUUCGGGAAGUUAUUAUGUCCGAGAGGGGAUACAGGAUUAUGAUGAGACUUGGGGCCUACUCGAUCAUACGUGGUCUGGAUGGCGAUCAACCGAGGCAAUUGAUAACGGCAUCAUUCCUAUGGUCAACGCGAGUCUGGGGUAG